AUGCACAACUUUCAGAAGCCUGAGAACGCGCUCAAGCGUGCUGCCGAGCUUCGUGCCAUCGGCCAGAAUGACGAGGCGCUGCAGAUUCUGCACUCUGCCAUUGGCCACCGGUCGUUCCGCAUCCAGGGAUGGGACAUGGUGCAGGAGCAGAUCAUGCUGGAGUACGUCGCGCUGUGCAUAGCGCAGGACAAGCUCCGCAUGGCGAGGGACGGUCUUCACCAGUACCGUCUGGUCGCGCAGCACGCGAACGUGACCUCGCUCGGUAAGGUCGUGGUUGAACUGCUGGACCACGCGGAGGAGCGUCUGCGUCGCAUCAAGGCCGACAUCGCGGCCGACAAGAGCAAGGCCGAGGACCUGGAGAAGGCCAAGCUGAGCGCCGGCCUCGACGCCGAGUACAGCGAGUCGCCCGAGGAGAUCAUGGUCUUCACGCUGCAGCUGGAGGUGCGCGACGCGACCGCCAGGUCGCUGCACAGCGUCUUUCGGUUCUUGUGGGAGACCUACAAGAUGAUCCUGGACAUUAUGCGCGCGACGCCGAAGCUCGAGAAGGUGUACCACGACACUGCCCGGAAGGCCAUCCAGUUCUGCCGGGAGAACGAGCGCCUGUCCGAGUUCAAGCGUCUGUGCGAGGUGCUGCGUGCGCACAACACGUUUUUGAUGAGGGUGAAGCACAAGCCUGAGAUGGAGUGCAUGCUGAAGCCCGAGCUGCACAUCGAGACGCGCAUCAACCAGCUGGUGGCCGCGUGCGACAUGUCGCUGUGGAAGGAGGCCUUCAACACCGUGGAGGACCUGUACACGCUGGGGAUCCGUGAUUACAUCACCAAGACGUUCCAGGGCUCCGUUUCCGUGCUGGGCCAGCAGAAGGAGAAGCUGCUGAAGUGGCUGGCCAUUUUCUACGAGAAGCUGGCUAUCAUCUUCUCGGUGUCUGACCUGCACCUGUUCCACGCGCUUGCGGUGCUGAGAUACGUGAUGCACAUCCGCAUGUACAAGAAGAAGGUGGCCCCGGAGGACGUGCAGUACAUGUGCUCCAAGGCAGUGCUGGCGGUUCUCGCCGUGCCCGACACCAACAAGAACGGCGCCGACUCCGGCGAGCUGAUAACUCCGAUGCCGACGUCGGCGUACGAGAUGCACAAGCGCAUGGCCGCUCUGCUGGGCUACAACAGCAUCCCCACCCGCGAGUCGCUGCACUACGCGCUCGUGGUGAAGAACAUCCUCCCCAUGGCGGACGACAACACCAAGAAGCUGUACGAGCUCAUGCAGGGCCAGAGCAACACGUCGCUGCAGCUCUGCAAGCAGGUGCUUCCGCUGCUGACCGAGACCGCUGAGCCCGAGUGCGCGACUGCGCCCGCCCCGCCGUGCGCCACGUACAUAAAGGCCGAGCGUCAGGUGCCCAACACCGUGAAGAUAAAGUUCUUCGACAAGCUGUCGAACUACUACCCCAAGGUCAAGGCCGUGGUGUUCCGCAAGGUGCUGAACAACAUCUCCAAGGUGUACGCCAACAUGACCAUCGACUUCUUCGUGAACUCCAUCUGCCCCAGGGAGUUUUACCCGUGGAACGACGCGGAGAAGUACAUUGUGGACCUGGUGCAGCGCGGUUUCUGCCACAUCCGUCUGGACUACUCCAGCAAGGUGCUGUACUUCAACGCGUCCAAGGGCACCGCCGACUCCAUCGCCGCCGUGCGGCACCAGCUGACUAACCUGGGCCGCAACCUGUACUACGCGAUGCGCGUGCUCGACCCCGAGCAGUCGAAGCAGGCCGAGGACCGGCACCUGCAGCUGGUCGCGAUGAAGAACAACAUCGAGAAGGAGCGCACCAAGCUCAUGAAGCGCACCAGCGAGAUCUACCAGCGCCGCCAGGAGCACCAGGAGGAGCUGAUGCGCGUGGAGGAGGAGCGCAAGAAGAUGGAGAUGGAGCAGAAGCUGCAGGAGGAGCGCGCGGAGAAGGAGCGCCGCGAGGAGGCGCUGCGUCAGAUGGAGAAGCAGCGCAAGAAGGACGAGAAGAUGAAGAUGAAGCUGGAGACUGCGCAGCAGAUGCUCAAAGCCAUCCGCAAGCUGGGCGGCUCGCAGGGCACCAAGAUCAUCAUCAAGGGCAAGACUCUGGACGAGAUCAACGUGGAGGACGUGAUGGACGGCUUCGUGAACUUCGACGACGUGGAGAAGGCGCAGGAGGAACUGAAGCUGCGCGAGCGCCAGGAGAUCGCAAAGCAGAGGCGCGCGGAGGUGAAGCGCAUCGACCACCUGGUCCGCGCGCUGCGGGAACACCAGCAGCAGCUCUACGCCGACUGGCAGAAGCGCGUGCUGGAGGAUGACACCCGCCAGCUGAUGGAGGUGCAAAAGAAGCGCGAGGCCAUGUGGAAGGAGGACGCGGAGGCGCUGCAGCUGCAGAAGAACGCGCUCAAGGAGGUGGCCGCGGUCAAGGAGAAGUGGGUCAACGACAACGUGACGAGCAUGAAGGCCGCCUACGACGCCGCCAUUGCCGAGCAGCGCUCGCGGUUCCUGAAGAAGAUGGUCGCCGAUAAGAUCCAGCGCGCCAGGGAACGGCGCGUGUCCGAGCUUCGUCGCCAGAAGGAGCUCGAGGAGGAGCGCAGGCUGGAGGAAGAGCGCAUGAGGCAGGAGGAGGAGGAACGCAAGAAGCAGGAAGCCGAGGCUGAGAAGCAGCGCAAGCUGCAGGAGAUCGCAGAGAAGCAGCGGCAGAAGGAGCUGGAGAUCCAGCGCAGGCUCGACGAGCAGGCCGCGCGCGCAACACACAGCGCCGCCGCUCCGGACCUUAGGCGUUCCGAAACGUGGACCAAGUCGCAGCCUAGGGAUGAGCCUGACCUCUGGCGUUCGGAUUCUCGCCGCGUCGACGCCUCGCCGCAACGCAACAGCGGCAGCACCGUGGACAAGGACCGCAAGUUCAGGCCCUUCUCGCAGCGCUCUCGCGAACCCGCCGCACGGCGGGCCGACGACGCAGACACGUGGCGGCGAUGA